AUGGCCGAACAUCUGUCUGGCGAACGUGCAGCGGAAGGUCACACGGUCCAUUUGGUUCUCGUCGCACUCUUCCUCCCGGUCUGCAGGGAGCUGGUUGGUGAGCACCGGUUCGUGGUGUUGCCGACGGGAGAGGUGUGGUCUCGGCCCGACGGCUCCUACCUCAACAAGCUGCUCAUCAGCCGGGCCAAACAGGAGGACUCUGGCGUGUACAUCUGCCUCGGGGCCAACACUAUGGGAUACAGCUACCGCAGCGCCUAUCUCACCGUCCUGCCAGACUCCAGACUGCCCGUCACGCCAGUGCUGGCCCCGCCCCCGACUGCCGUCCCGUGGCCCGUGAUCAUCGGAGUUCCCGCCGGAAUGCUCUUCAUCUUUGGCUCCGCCCUCCUCUGGCUCUGUCAGACCAAGAAGCCCCACCCCCCCUCGCCCCCCGCCGCCUGCACCCCCCCCAAACGCCCGCCGCUCCGAGAGCGAGAGAGGGAGCGGGAGAGGGAGAGAGAGAGGGAGAGAGAGAGGGAACGAGAGAGAGAAAGAGAGAGAGAGAGAGAGAGGGAGAGAGAGAGGGAACGCUCGGAGAAGGAGGUGCUGAGCUACGAGGACCUCCUGCUGCUUAAGCCCCAGAACCUCUACCCAAAGAUCUACACGGACAUCCACACACACACACACUCACACACACACACCGACAUCCACACACACGCACACCUGGAGAACAAAGUGCACCAACACAUACACUUCCAGUGUUAGCCUCACGAACACAGACUUUUCCACGAACACACACAGCUUUAUAGACACACGCAC